GAAGGUGGACUCCCAGAGAGUGGGGAACGCUGGAAGCAAAAAAUUCCAGCUACGAAACUGCACCAUGCGCCUCCCCUGAGUGGGUUUGGAAUUAUCACCGGGAAUCCCUCUGUACUCAAGUUUAAUAACAACCCCUGAACAUCUUGGAGCUCCUCCGCUAUGGUUUUACGGCGUCUUCAAUCUUUUAUGGACAACCGCCGCCGCCGUUGCCCGUCCGUAAUGACGCUUCACAACUACACAGGUAACUUUGUUUAAACUCCAGCCGUUAGCAUGGAUGCUAACCGCAGCGCAAACUGCCUGUUAUCUCAGGAGUUUGGUGCUUUGACCGACUUAACAAGCUUCAGAAUACUCGCUCAGGGGGUAUGUUAUGUGGAAAGUUCAUAUUGCGUAUCGUAACACCACUUUGGGGCUUUUGUGGUAGUUUUUUUUCAGCAGUAACAAAGAAAAAGCUACUUUUGUCAUUCGCUUGAGAACAACAGCCCCACACGCUCUGCUCGUGCCUGAGUUGACCAUCGAGCUAAAACAAGGCGAGUUCAGAUCACCAUCUCUGAAUUACGCUUAAAAGCCAAAAUACGUUCAUUAAAUCGAUCCAACUAAAUCACAAUCUUUACCUAGAUUGUCGUUUUUGUCAUGGCUUUUGAUUAUGAUGGACUUUUUUCAUAUUAAACAAAACAUUUUCGUUUGUCUGUGGUCCACUUGUUGCUGGUCAUUCAUUACGCAGUGUUGGCUAUCCACGUUGUUGUGCUUCAAAGUGAUGACAACAAGCUUACAUAGUUGUUGCGUGAAUAAUACGUUGUUGGUGUAGUUGUCUUCCAACAUGUCCACCAAACGGAAGGUGAAACUCAAUUAAGUGUAGCCACAUUUUACGCGGAGUUACGCGGUUAACUGUGCUAGUAUUGACACACGAUUUUGUGUAUUAUUACCGCAAGUCAGCCUUUCUCAUUACAACGACUUUUACAGUUUGUACAUCAGGUAGAAAACAGCAUGAUGGUAGGACCUGUUGCAUAAUGUUGAUAGAAGAAAAUGAGGCACACAUGGUCUACAAUUAUGUCUUGUAGACAACUGAGGUAUUGAUUCUUGUUUUACAGACCCCUCAACAGCAUGCAAAGCCAUACCUCAGCAGUUGUUUUUAUAAUCUUAACUGUAUUUUAACAAUAACAUUGUCCAUUUUUAAAACUCGUCUUAAGACCCAUUCUUUAUUCAUUGGCUUUCAACCCUGCAUGAGACUUGACUCUUUUAUGGUUUGUUUUUAGUUAUUUGUUUCUAUGUUUUUAAAUUAGUUUUUAAAAACAUUGAAACUAUAUUUUACUUUUUAAUAUCUGCUUUUAUUUUAUUAAUUGUUUUAAUUGUUCUUUGAUUGUUUUUUAUGAUUGUGUAGUUUUGUCUAUUUAUGUACAGCACUUUGUUCAGCUGUGGUUGUUUUAAAGUGCUUUACAAAUAAAGUUGAGUUGAGAAUAAAAACAUUCAUAACAAGCUCAUUUUUUCCUCUCCUUUGUUUAUAGAAAAUGGACCAAAAUACGCUGCAAGAAUGGAGGCAUAACAUUUGACAAGAGCGGAGCAUACUUUCUUGCAUCCUGCAGGAGAUACCUUUUCGAUGUGGGCGUUCACAAAUGACAGGAUUUUAAGUCAAAUCGAAUGAUGGCAUCACGUUGGGUUCAUUCUUGUGAAGAUGAAGACAGACAACAAGCAAGAUCUUCUUUCUGCGAGGUAAACAGAGCGCAACAAAAGUGCUUUAUUAUUACUCAUUUUCUCUGUGAAUUAGCAAGGUUUGAUCUUGAGCACGAGUCUGAACCCCCCUCUUUUUGUCAUUUCCUUGCUGCGGUUGAUCAUUGUAGAUAUGAGAUCAGCAUCGAAUGAAAUUAUACAUUUAAAUCAAACUCAACGCUAGUUGAAGUGGGAGGGGACAAUGACGCUGAAGUAGUUUUAGAUCGUCUUUCAGAUUUUUAAGCUGUGACCCAUGUAAUACCAGACAGGACACCAUCUGCUCCUCUGAAAGCUCAUCAUCUGAAUGAGGACCUUUAUGGUAAACUAGGUAGCAUCCCUGUCCUCUUUGAAAUGGAAGGGCUUCUAUUUAUAGAAUCUAGAGGGGUUUUUUUCAUUCUCCCAUUGCCUUUAAUCUAUUAUUCAACCCUCCACUUGAGCCUCACUGAUUCUAUGUGAAUAGCCUGUAAAUGAAGGAUGUAUUGCCAUAAACUGUCACUUCCCACAGACUAAAUACACUAAAUGUAAUUUUUAAUCAUUAGACAGGGCACAAGGAAACUGAGAAUAUUAAAGCAUAUAGACAAUCAGCAAAUAGUGAGCCAGAUCCCAUCCGGUUUGUUUUAGAUUCUAAUGUAUUCAAAUGUUAUUUUUUUCUGGAGCCCCAAACAUGUUUUCAUAUAAAGUUUAAACAGCUUGUGUAGAAGACAUGCUAUGAUUAUUUUUGUCAUUAAUGGCAUCUGGUUAACUACUAGAAGAAUUAGAUAAAUGUAUCCUAAUGUUUCUAAAACCUUUUUCAAAGAAAUAGUACUUAGUGACACAAAAUUGUGAGUAUCUUCAAAAUAAAUGUUGUCCAACAUGGAGCAAAACAUCUUUAAUUUUUCCUCAUAAUUUUCAGACCUUUUUCGUGAUGUUAAGUUCCCUUUAAUUAUUUAUUUUUUUCACAUGUUCUGACAGUGUAGCCUGUUAAAAUUCUCUUUUGAACAGUCCUCCUAAUAAGACCACCCCCCUAAACCAAUUCAUGUGUUAAUUUUUGAGGCAGAACCCCCCUGGAGUCUCUGAUCCUGGGACUUUCUGGGAAUGAUGACACAUGGAUUUAAGGAGUUCAAUUCUCCCAAAUGUGUCUUUCUCAUCAGUUUUAAAAAUAGUCUUUUGAGAUAAUAAAGUUGUUCUGAUUAUGGAUGGUGAAAAGAUCUGUCUGAUUGAUGGGAGUGCUUUUGUUUUAUUGAGAGAAAGCAUGGCCUAGUUACUUUUGUACAGAGGCUGCUGCAGCAGGAAAGAGUUGGUUUACUGCCUCCAUCAUGCACAAGAAAACUUGUCUAGUUUAAAACUUUCAAAUUAAGAGUAACUUUUAUUUUCCUGUUUUAGUGCAGAUACACGUGUCUACUUUUUUUGAUGAAUAUGUUUGACUAAUAGAGCUGUCUGUUUGUCUUUCCCCAUUGUUGUUUACCAGUGUUAUCUACUUUCAUGCGAGACAACACUUUGCCCUCAUGCUUCAGUGAUACUGUAAAAAUGCAAUCUUUUCUCUUCACUGAACCAUUUUCAUUUUACCACCAUUUUGGCCAGUAUAUACCAUGCCUGUUGCUUCUUUCUCUUUUUGGGUUUGAUGGUGGUUGGUUGUUAUUUUCCUUUACAGAGGAGUGUUUGUCCACUUUAUCAGCUGAAAAGUGCUUGGUAUGCCAACAUUUCAGCUGAGUCCAAACAGCAGACUGAGUUGACCUAAAGUCUCCCUCCUUCUUCUUGAUUCCUCUUGUCAGAUAUUAUAAGACUUCAGAUUGUGAUCAGUUGGCUGGUUUGGAAAGCAAAGGCAAUAAAAGCCAAAUUCAUUUAUGUUGCACUUUUGCAGACUGAGACGUCACAAAGUGCUUUACACAGUUUGGGAAUUGCUUGUGAUUAUUUUCACAUGAGCCUUUGAUUUCAUCGAACACUAUCAUGCCGCAAACUUGUCUUCUUUUCUUGCCAAUGCCUACACAGCAGCUGGUUGUGCUUGAAUAAAACGACAGACAUGAUGAAGAUGAAGUGAAAUUAAAAACUCAUUUGGAUGAUUAAACGUGAUCCAUUUUUAGCACUGGAGUGGGCUUUUGACAAACAGACCCCUUUGUCCCCAUAAUCUACUCCUCAGUGUUUAUCAAAUUUAGGCGGGCUGCCUUUUACAGAGCCCAUGUGCAGACAUCGUAUGGCUAACUGAUGGCUAUCGGAAGAGUAAAUUGAACUUCAAUUAGAUAGACAAAGUCUGUUACUUCCUGUUGCUUUGUGGUUGUGUCUGCAGUGUCUCAGAGGAAAACAUGGAGGAUGGUUCAUGUUAUCCAGUCUUAUUUUACAGCAGCACUCCUUUGAUUUCAUCUUUACUCUCUUUCCUUUUAGAGAAUAAGACGGUCAUUCUGUGCUGACAUGAACACUGGUCUAAAUGUAUUCUCUAAGAACUGCAAGCAAGACAUAUAAGUCUGUUUUCUUUUUUAAAGAUACAACAAACUAAGUUAGUGUUCAGUUUACAACUUUGAAAGAGACUAUUUGUGUAUGUAUGACAUUUGUUGAUAUGAAAGGCCUCAGUGAUUUUAUUCUAAGCAUGAAAGAAGUACAUCGUUUAAGCAGUUCAGUGGCUGAGCUAGCGGCUGCUAUUGACAGUUCACAGCAUCUGCUCUGGCUUGUUUGUAUAAGAAAUAGUGUUAUUAUUUUUAGUCUGUAAUAAAACUUCAUAAGGGUGAUCUAUAGAUAAACAAUGCCGGUCAUUUCUAUUUCUGGAUUGAUUUUCCCUGGGUUUGUCUGUUAGGUCGUGUUCACACCGAAAGGUCCGUUUCCUGAUUGGAAUCCAAGGCAAGACGAUACAUUUGUUGUGAUUGUUUAACUGGUCCAGUUUGCGUUCACAGAGGACAAACUCAAUCACUCCAGAAAACGGAACCAGAAGUCACAUGACCGCGAAUAUCGUUCGGUUAUUGGUCAUUAGUUUAUGCGGGAAUACAAACCCCGUUCUGCUGUCUUCGCCUGUCAUGGAGCAUCGUAGGCAGAUUUUGCUUUUGCUACUCAUCUGGAGCACAUAUCAAAAGACGCUAGUCUGUGGCAGAACUGUGGCAUUAAUUAUACAUUCUGGAGUAGACGUGCUGCAAACAACAGACGAAUAAAGACGAGACUGCGACAGGCAUUAAUGACAUGUGUGGCGCGUUUCCUGUGGUUGGUGUGGAUGACGUUCACACCAGAAAUGAACCGUUUCAGAGUUCACUUGAUAGCGGUCCGAGACCACCUCUUCAGGCGGACCAGAGUUUGUUUAUUCGAUCCGCACCAGAGUUCGAGGUCAGUGUUCACACCAACCCAAACGAGCCGCACCAAGGGGGUAAACACUCCAGGGUUCGGUUCAACUGGAUUAAACGAGGGUGGUGUGAACGCGCCUUUAGUGUACAUUUUGCUUUGUUUAUUUAACACUAUAAAGUACGAUGGAUUUAGUCUCAGUGAUGAUGUCACCUGUUGGUUUCUGAAGCAGAUUUCUGAAGCCCGAUGAUGGCGGUUGCCAUAUUGGAAGUGCUGACUCAGCUUCACCUUCAGCUGAUUUAGAAAGAGACAAAGAGAGAGUUGAGACCCCAACAACACAAGUUCGCCUAUAUAAAAAAAGAGGAGGUCUUAUCACCCCCGCUGUGUUUACAGGAGGCACAUCUCCUUUCUCUCCUUCGCUGUUGAGCGUUUAUUACUGUUAGUAAACCCUCUUUGUGACAGCAGAAUGAAGAAGUACACAACAAGGUAGAGUUUGUAGAUAGCUUUAUACUCUUGGAUGGUUGUAUAAGACCUGACUUAAUCGCCAAGUGUACUUUUAUGGCUCUUUAUACUCAGCUCAUCCGAGUAGAUUCUUUGUCAUUGAGAAAAAUUUCAAGGAUACUCUGAUAAAACACACUUUUAAAGUUGUAGAAACCAUUCUGUCUGCCUUCUAAACAUGUCUAAAAUAUGAAAUAAAAGCAUUUAUUGAAACUAGUUAUAUCCCGCCUGCGUUUGGUAAAACACGUGAAGGAACUAUCUGGUUACUUUGAUCAAUAUAAGACGGCGUUGAUGUUUCAUUGGCAUGUUACAACUAGAAGUGUAGCAUGCACCAAACUCACCAUGUGCCUGCAUAUUCUGACUAAUGAUGCCUCUAACCUUGUCAUGCACUACAGGGCUGGAACGCCCAGGCCUCACCAGCAGCUCCCUGUAUCAUUAUCUCAGGCUUUUCACAGUUAAGUGCUUGGUUUGGAUGGGAUGUGGUGUAGAAUGUAGCAGCCCACAGAGAAGUAGGUUUCCUCACAUAUUAAGGCAGUGUCCUUCCUUGUCAGAUGUUUCUGAGCUGAUGUCAUGUGGUGCUCGUAAUGUGUUAUUUGGUGAUGUCAGCAAAGGGUUUUAAACAUACGGGGCCAUGCAGUGUGGUUUCACAAUAUUUGGUAGAAGCACACAAAGUGGAAAUUCCAGUUUCUUUUUUCGUAUGCUCUGAACCCUCCAGAUAUCAACACUUGUGGUGUGUAAACAGCUGUACAUGUGGAGUCUUUUCCCCUGAAAAGUGCUGGUUUGUCUGCACCUUAAUCUCUGUGCUAGGGUAACCGCUGCUGGUGUAAUCACCUUGCUGUUACUUGGAGAAUGACCAGAUGUACUCUGGACUUAGCAUGUCACUUUAAUUGCUGGUACCUUUUGACAAAUAAGAAUCGGUUUAAGCAGGAUUUUCACAGUUAAGAGGAGGGCUUAGAGAAAAGCUGUAAGAAAUAUGGGUCAUGUUUGUUGCCACAGCUCAAUCAGCAUUGUUGGACUGUGAAACAUGCAGACGAAAACGUCUCUCAGACUUGGCUGUCGUCACUCUCCAUAGCUAUGAUUUAAGUCCAGUCCUAGCCAUAGCUAUGCAUGAAGAGAGUGGCUACAUAAUCAAAACAUAAUCCUGAGUAAGCUUUGCACUGGUUCAUCAAAUAUGUACUUCUUGUAUUCAUCAUUUGGCAGAUGUGUUUACAGAGUAAGAUUCUUGCAAAAGAUCAAAACUAACAAUCUGUUUUCCGAAACUUCCCAGCUUUGCUGAGGCUCUAACCCAGUGGUUCUCAACUGGUCUUACUCUGGGACCCACAUUUUUCCAUGGUCCUUAAGUCUUGACCCACUUUUAUAAAAUUCAAGCGCACAUGAAUUGAGGAUGACAACUACUAAAGUUGCAUAUACAGAAAAUAUCAAAAGACCAGCAAAAUGAAAAAUUUGACUUAUAUGUAUCUCUGUAUUCAGAUCAUGCAACCCCAUGUAUUUUUACAGCAUUCAGGCCACAUUAAUAAGAUAACGCAUGCCUUUCAAAAUAAUGUAUUUUUCAAAAUAAAAGACAUGUCAAACAUCAGGUGCGCAUUAAAUAUUUACUUUUUUGACCAGCUGUUCGGGGCCCAUCCAUAACAUGUCUGCGACCCACUUUUAGGUCGGGACCCACCAGUUGGGAACCAAUGCUCUAACCCAAAUCUGUUCUGUCAUACUGAAAGUAGAAACACUUCAAUAUGUAUGUCUUUAAAAAAACAAUCAUGUCCUGAGGAACUUCCACUUUAACAACGUUAAAUUGUACAUUUGUGAGAGUUUUCUGAUGCACAUAAAUGCACAUUUUUACACAAAGUAAAACCUUAAGGCAGCAGAAAGUUUGAAGAAAAAAAGCAAAAAGAAGAAAAGGCAGUAACAAAACAAACAAACCUGUGUGUACUGUACAUAAAGAUGAGUGAACCUGUCAAGCACUGCAGUGGGGUAUAUUAAAAAUACAUGUUUUCUAAUAGUUUUAUUAGUGUGGAAUUGUGUGUCUAUCAGGCCUUUGCAGCACUCUCAGAACAUUGCUUCAUUGUUGUUCUCCUGAUUUGUUGGCCGGAGGAUAAAAAAUAGAAUAUCCACAGUAACUGAGUAUUUAUGGUUAGAAUUAGCAUUCCUGAGACACAAGCCUGGUCACUGGCUAAACCCAUGAGCUGAAAAAAGUUCUUAAUGAAAACUCUCACAGCUGCCUCACCCAGUGCAAAUAUCAGUCUAGUAUUUUGGUGAUUCAUAAAUGGGUGAGAGGUAUUUAUUUGUGGGCAGGAGAGGAUCAAGGUUUUAUUUUUGAUGCAGGUGUGCUUUCGUCUUCGCUCCCUUUUUCUAAAGCAAUCUCUUUAAUUUGUCCUUUAUGUUACCUUUUGACCUUUUGUCACAGGUAUAUGAAAGCAUUAUUAAUCUGGUCUAUCAGGUUUACACCGGAGCCGGUCUUUCUGUGGAUAUAUUUGUCUGAGUUUUUAUUAAAUAAGAGGAAAGGAAUACCAGGGGGGGAUGUAAGUCCAGAAUUUAUUGACCUGGAAUGUCACAACAGUAUUAACUAUGUGAGUAGCAAUGAUAACACUGCUUGGCAUGUGUCUGUCAGGAGGCCCACGCCCCCGUCUGCCAUCCACAUCUAAAGAUCAGAGAGUUGGAAAUCUCCCCUGUGCACUGGCUGCUAAAUCAGUUCCAGUGGACUGAGAUUGGCUCGACUUGGAGACAUGAAGGGGGCAAAGCAGGCAUUUCAAACAUCCAGUCGGUCUAUUGUUAAAUCACCAGAAGUGCUUCUCUGGUUAUGGAUCAAAAUGUUUUCUCGCAGAGCUACUACAGAGUCUAACAUAGAAGUGCUGGUAUCACAGAACAGCCAAAGCUUGGUCAUACACAGCAAAACCUGUUUUGCUAGUUUCAUCAAAAUACAUGGGUGUCAGCUGCACCUGCAGCUCUGUUUCUCAGACACACACAGUAGUAUACCGGGUCCUUAUUUUUCACUCUUUGCGCUUCUGAACUCCUUUGAUAGAUUUAAGAACUCAGGCUGUCACUUGAAACACUCUUGGGUCGGUGUAUUUUGUUUGUCUUCAGGAUUGUGAAACAGUAGAAAUGCAGUGGCUGACGCGCUGUAAAACAUUCUGCAAAGAGUGAAAACAUGCUUUAACUUGGUAAAAACCUCUAGGCACACAACGUACUUCGAAUGUACCUCUGAGAGUGAGACUCAGUGCACUCUGUGACACAAUUUUGGAGAAUAACUGGAUCGAAUGUUUGGUACUCAAAGUUGUGCUUUUGUGAACAAACUGCAGCUCAUGUUUGUUUGAUAAAACAUAGUUUGGUUUAUCUCACUUUUUGCAACCGCUAAAUCAAGUAGGAAAACGGUUCAGGUUAAUUUUUUUCAUUCUUAUAAAAACACAUGAGGCCAAAUUUACAAUUUUAAAUGUUUUUUUUUUUUUUAACUUUAUGAACCACGAUUAGAAAACCUGUUGCAGAUUCUUCAUCAUUGCAGUUUGUUUCUGGUUAUAUAAACACGCAGGUAAUUCACUCUGGUUUUCUGACAUUUUACUCAACAUAUCUGCCCAGGCAGGGAUGACAUGAGUGCAAGCUCAUCAAAUUCCUCACACUGCGGGGGAAAGUCUGCGCUUCACAUGGGGAGGGGGAGGGUUUGUUUGAGACAGGGUGAGGGAAAAAUACUAUAUCAGUGUGGAAACACAAGACUGUUUGUUCAGAGGUGUUCCUCAAAGUUGCGCUGGAACAGGGAAUAUGAUAUGGGGAGAUCUGAGUAAAGGGGGGUGUUGCUGCACACAUGACACCACAAAGGUGUGAGGCUAUAAAUAGUCAGUAAACACAGGGGGUAGGUGUCCAAAGCCCUGAAGCCUGACAUGCUCUACUCCCCAGCUGUAAAAAUGGGACACCCUGACCUGGCUGGAAACACUGUUCAGCUUCAAAUGUACUUUAAGAAAUGUCUUUUGUAAUCCACAUUUGAGACUGAUAAAUGAAAUUAACCACAUUAUUCAGGAUUACUAUUGGUAAAGGGAAUUCCUUGUAAUUCGCAGAAUUUAAGAUGUUUUUUAACACUGGGAUUUCCCAGUAUUUCACACUUGUGCCUUACAGAUUUCGUUUUCUUUUUCUUUUUAAGUGAAAGUAAGACAACUUCAUUGAAACUUCUUUCUUCUCCUUCCUCUUUCUGCAGAAUGAAUCUCCGGAGUGGAGAAACAUGGCUGAUUCUCCUCCAGGGCAAUACCCAGAGGAGGAGUUCUCGUGGCCCCGACCUAAAACUGUGCGAUUGCGUCGAACUUCCCAAGGGUUCGGCUUCACGCUGCGUCACUUCAUCGUGUACCCACCUGAGUCGUCCAUGCACUGCUUUCCGGUAAAUUUCCAGAGUGUAUUUUUCACAUAAGACUUCCAGCUUAUUUCACUAUUUUCAUAAACCGAAGUGCUGUUUUCAUGUCAACAGAAAGCCUGAUACCUUAAUUCUUUGAUAAUGACGACAAAAUUCUCAUGAGGGUUUCUGUUUCUUUGCAGGAGGAAGAUCAUGGCCGCAGAGGUAAGUGGAAAAAACGUGGCUUUUCCCCCUCAUGCCUGCUCUUCUGCACUGCUGAGUCAGAGCAGUGCCUCUAACUUGUAAUGACUCUUAAUCCAUCCACUCUUCAGCUCUUUUGCUUUCUUAUGCAAUGAGAACAAUGUCGCUCCUGUGUGUCACUGACCUUUGUGGAGGCAUGAAAGGUUUGGUCAGCACCACCUGUUUCUGUCCUGUAGUGACCCCCACUCCCCAUAUUGUUUCACUUUGUUGUUCUUGCUGCUUUUCUCCCUCAUCAUGAAAAGGCUGUCAGAAAGGGAUGGCCUCAGUUUUUACUGGGUAGUGUGUGUGUGUUUUAGACCCUUUCCCCAUGUUACUCUCGUUUUGUGUAUUUUUCUCUCUUCACAGAAACAAGAACUCUGGUAUAAGUAAAAGUGAAUAAAUCAAUUUAGAAAUCAAAUACACUGUAUGCAGUAUCCAAACUCCUAAUUUAUAUUUUUUACACAAGAUAAAAUGAGAAAAAAAUGUCCCUAACCUACAAGACCCCUCCCAGCAAAACAGAUAUUGUUUUCAGCGAUGUUGCCCCUUCAGAAAAUAUUACUUUGCAAGUUUAGAAUUUCCCCCUGUGAGACUAAUAAAGGAAUAUCUUAUCUAAUCUUAAAUUAUCUUAUCUUAUUGUGACAAUGUCUGCAAGUCAUCCUGCCCACACCCAGGAAGUUUUUCUCUGACUUGCACACAUAAUCACUUCUUUUUUUUUUUUUUCACAUUAGGAAACAGCAUAACUGAGCUUUCUUAGAGCUCAGCACAAACAGCUGUGAAAGGGAAUGAGAGAAACUGGCUGAAAACGUUUUUCAUCAAGUCAUAGUGUUAUAAUGUUUUCAUCCCAGAGCUGUAAAUGUACAUUAAACGUUAUAAUGAAACAGAUCAUGUGUGCUAUUAUGGCGACAACAAAGCAGACAGCAUAGAGUCACACGCUCAUUUGCUCAUACUCACAACAAGUGCUCUAAUCUGUCCAAGAGUGGCUCUAAUGGUUCUAAUGUAGCUUUCAUUUCAUUAAAAUGUACCAAAUGUACAUGGUAGAUUGUGUAGAUGUGCACAGACACACAUUACAACUUGCUUUUUAAUGUAGAGAGAGACUGCUUAUAAUGGUAACACGUUUUGUUCAGCCUCUGCUCAUAACUCUAUGACACAAUGGUUGAGGUGUCACUGCUCCAUUUUUUUAAACAUUUUCUGUGAUUACCCCUCGUGAUGAAGGAAAUUAAGAACCAGUAUGUGGUCCAGAUUCAGACUUAAAGAGACCUAUUAUUGUCCCUUUUCAUUAGACCAGUCUGGGACACCUAUAAAAUAGCUUUGCAUGAUUCACAGGCCAAAAAAAACCCUCCUGAUUUUAUCUGAUAUCAGCGCCCUUAAAAACCCCUCAUUUCAGCACCAUUCAGCCUCUGCCUCAAACACUUCAUUUCAGCUGCUUUUCGAGUGAAAUUAAGCUUUCCGCAACGACUGGGUGUAUUUUUUUUACACACUUUGGUCAUCAUAAUACUACCUGAAAGCUAUGCCUUUGUACACUAGUAUAAGGCUAGCCAUUUGUCACUAUUUAGAACCAUGAAGCUUGUGUUCGCUAUCAUGAUAUUAGCUGCUGUUAUAAUGAUACCUACGAUUCUGAUCCUUCGUGGAAGGUCUUCGAACAGAAACAGCUGAGAUGCAAACCCAGCUCAUACUGGCCUUUAUUUACAAAGGAGUCAUCGUUGAAGUGGUGUGCACCAACAGCAUUGCUGUGACUGUUUUGUGUUGAAAACAUAAAAAACUUCCCAGUUUUCUGCUUUCUUUAUCUUUGGGAAGAGAAAAUAGCUGUAACCGUCCUUUGUGACCAAAAAACACUUAAAAGUAACUUUCUGAGACAAACUGGAGCGAAGCUGUGGGUGUGCCUUUGCCAAGGCUGCAUCCCCCUAAUAGUACAGCACAACCUGACAUUAGAUUGGGGUCAUGUCUGGAAAUGUGUUGUUCAGAGAGGCCAGAAAACCCACUGAGGGAUUGUGCCGCCAUCUGUAUAUCUCAUGAUAUCAAACUUUGCAGCAGUUUAGCAUCACUGUCCAACAAAGUGUGAAAGUACACAUCAGCACAAAAGGUCUCCUUUAAUAUAACAGUACAGUCAAACCUGCAUCUAUUGAACAACAUAUUUCACAUAAAGCUUAAAUAAAUACAUAGAAAUCAUGAACAUGGACUGAGCCAAACAGGGAAUAUGAAAUAUUGAAUAAUCCAGGUAGUUACAUAAUGCUGGACACAUGGGCUCAUAGGCAACAAGCCAGAAAUGAAGGAGAAAAGACUAACCUGGGCUGUCUUAGUCACAGUACAAAACAAGGAGAUCUUUAUGCCAUAGGAGGGAGGAGAGAGCUGCGCACUGCAUCAUUAUAUUUGAGGGUAUCUGAAAAUAAAAAAUAGACAUAUACUUUUAUGUUUGAUUGAUUUAUCCCAUUUGACUGCAACCUAACUUCUUCUCAAACACAUUGCUAGUCACUGUGUAUAUACAGUAUAGACUUUGUUUUUUUUAGCAAAUGGGGCCUUUGCACAAAGAUAAUUAAAAUGUACCAAAAAAUCAAACAUAAAGACUGUGGAGAAACAGUUUCAGUGACCGAAAAUACCAGCAAUCAGUUUGAUCACUUUGAGCAUAAUCACAUAAUAGAUACGAACAAUUCAUGGCUCAAAAAAAUGAGAACGACAAGCACCCAACAACAAAUGCUGUAACAAAGCAGCUGUCAGUAACACAAGCAGUUACAUAUGCCAAAAAAUACAAGGAUUCAACUCAAUCAUUUCAAAUUCACAAGGAUAAGACAUUUAUUUCUCAAAAGGAAAUAUAUCCUAGUUUAAAACAGCCGAGCAUAUUCACUGUAUAAAUCUUGUUUAUGUCCCACGAGGGCAAAAAAAGAGCGAGACAAAGCUCCUCUGUCAAAACUCCAGGGUCAAGUUCAGGGCUUUUCAUGUUUUCCAGCCGUAUCUUCACUACUCUCUCAAACUACCUCAGUCACAGCAGUCAUUAAGUCAGCCUUUUGUUACAAAAUCUCCCACUUUAGAGGCAAGUGUGGAUUAAAACUAGGCAAUGCAAUCUAAAGGAGGCUUGUUUAGUAAUUGCCCAUUCAGGGUCUUUUUUAUUUUUACUCAUAGACCAUCCUGCAAUGUUUUCUUUUUAUAGACAGUCUUCAUUAACUUCAUAUUCAAUAAGCAUUAACACAGCAGAUGAACAGGGUUUCUCUUCGUCAAAGAAAUUACAUUUAUUUGGUGUUGCUUUAAUAUCUAACGGUUUGGGUAUGACACAAGUAAAAAUUCUGUCAAUACAAAAGAUACGAAUAAAAUUGGAAUCCCAUCAAUUAUCUCUGGUUCUUGCAGGUAGGAAAGGAAAAAAAAUAACGCUCUCAAAUACAUCCAGAUGCAUAAAUUUAUGAAUAGCUCCAUUGUGGAAAAUGUAACCUAGUCAUUUGUGGACCACCAGAGGGGGCAUGUCUUACUGCUGUAAAUUUAUGGGACUUCUGUUGAAUUGUUACAUAAUCCGAGUCCCCGGGUUGUGAUUCUGCAUGAGUAAUCUUGUGUGUGAAAGAGAGAAAAAUGGAGGAACACGUGCUUCUGUGUUUGUGACAUUUUUAACACUGCCAAUAAUACUGAACAGUCAACCACUGGGUAACAUUAAGCUUCUUGUUUAAUUGUCUCUUAAAAAAAUAACAACAAACAUUCAUAGUAAUGGGGAUGAUCAUAUGUCUUUUACUGGGCCAAAAGUAAUGUUUGUUUUGGUUUACAUUCAUCCCUUUUUACCGAUCCCUGAUCUUCCAGAUCAUUUUCUCAAAGCCGUCAAGCUCGGUCUUGUGCUGGUCUUGUGUAGUUUGUGGGCUUUCUAGCACUGACUCACUACCAGAAUGUUAAGUACUGGGGAAGGAUUUUAGCCACUCUUUGGCUGUGCCCAGAGCUAUUUCUCAGUUUAUAAGGAAAGAGUGGGAGUUGAGCAGCUGAACACACUGUCACUCUACCUUCUCUCACCCCCUCCAUCCUCCUUUCUUCUUCUUCUUUUCUGCAGCCUUGCAGCUGCUAGGAGACAGAAGCAGCAUGAGCAAACAGGUUUCCUCUCUUUAGUUUCUUUUUUCACACUUCUCUGAAACAACAACAUUUCCCACUAUUUGGAUUUUUUUUCCCUCCAAAGCAGUUAAUGAUCAUGACUAUUCAGCAUGUGGUAAUGUGGGCAUUUAUUGGUCAAAACAUGCUCUGUUGUGCUGUCACAAUGUUGAUUCACAUGCCUCCAAAUCUUGUGAUAAACCUCCCAGAUUGUCUUUCAUUCUCAUACAGAGCCAUUCUUUCUUCUCACCUUAAUGUCAUGGAGCAAUUUACUGCUUAGUCUGAUACUCUAGAGCAGGUUUUUGUUAUUUUUCAAACAAGUUGAGCCUUGAUGAAAGUCAGAGGUUUCAGUUUUCAAAUCAGUAAAUAAUGCAAACCUGAGGUUUUAACAUCCAUUAGUUAUUGACUUCUUUUUUGUUGAGAACAGUUUAAUGAAUUGAUGUUCUGUAUUUGUUUGUACAGAUAUUCAGUAUGCAAUGUUCUGCUUCUUUUUAUUAGGGAGACCCCGGAACAGGCUAGAACCAAUGGACACUAUUUUUGUGAAGCAAGUCAAAGAAGGCGGCCCUGCUCACGGCGCUGGUCUUUGUACAGGUAAUCAUCGUGGAAACAUCAGCCUUGUUCAUCAGCACAACAAAAGAAACAGUUUGGGAUUUUUAAGCAGUGCAAAUGAAAUGUACAAAUCUGUAAAUGAUGUGACAUGGAACAGUAGAACUUCCCCCCCAAGCUAUUGCACUGAGUUUGAGUGUUAAGUAAUGCAAGCUGUGCAGUGUUUAGAAGUGUGCCGGCAUUAUUCUUUCAGUGAAGCAAAACAUGAGCAGGGCCUCGCAGUCGCUGCAAAGUGCACUUAUUUGUGGCUGUUUCUUCGCUACACACCCCAUUUGUUUUUAUUUAUUUGCAUUUCUGCGGUCUCUUUGGCACCUUGUAGGUGAUCGGCUAGUGAAAGUAAAUGGAGCGAGCAUAAUUGGGAAAGCCUAUUGUGAGGUCAUAUGCCUGAUUCAAGACAGGUAAGAUUUAAACCCAUUGCACAGAUGGCUGCAGUCAUAUGGUGUAUGUCUCAUUAUGUAUUUAUAUGUAUUUCUUUCUAACAGUGGUGACUUUCUGGAACUUUGUGUGAUGCCAAAAGAUGAGGAUAUACUGCAACUGGUAGGUCUUCCAAUUCCCCUAUUCUGAAUAGAUUUUGAGUUUUUAUGCUUCUAAUUUGCCUUGUCCUCCAGUUCCUUAAUAUUUACAUAAUAUCAUAGCUCACUGGUCUGCUCUAGUUUUAUGUGUUCGUGUUAGGACAGAUGCAGGGGGCCUGGCUGUCCCAUCAGAGCUCUCUAUCUAGGCCUCCUAAUCAGGCCAGAGCAGGCUUUCUGUCCUCAAACCUCUGCUGUCACGACCGCCAAAAAGGCCUCAUUAGAAUGGUAACAUGUUGUCAUACUCAUGCACAGAGCUGUAAAUUUAUAGACUGAGUUUGACACGAAGCAGUCACUCAUGUAAGCCGGCAUGCUGCUCAUAGAAAUGUUUGAAACUCCUUGGCUCAUGUUGACCCGUCAAGCGAAACUUUGUUGUUUUUGUAACUCUGGCUUCAUUUCCUCGACAUUCUUUUGCCGAUCACAGAGACAUGCUUAGCCUCAGUUGACCGAUUCACUACGACCUAAAGAACCAGUGUAACCUGAUGUGACUUUGUUUUCUGGAUUAUGUUAUCAUGCAUACCAUUCAUAUGGAUUGAUUUGGAGAAAGUCUUCAGUCAGUCUGGUUGAUGCAGCUCAUGAUGCAGCUGAUGCUCCUCCCAGUAUAGCUGCUGGGAUGCCAGAAUAGACCGUUUUGAGCUGUGGUGAUGACACUUACCUUCAGCAGCUGUUUAAAAAUAGCUUAAAAUGUGCUCUUAAAAUGCAGAAUGUUGAAUUAUUAACCUAAAGGCUGUAGAUAAUUCAUCAGGAAAAAGUAAUUUCCAUAAAAAAGAAAUAGUAGGCAAGUGUGUGUAAAACUGUGGAAUCAGAUCUUUAGGAAUAUCAAAAAUUCAACAUUUUAGGUAAUUACCCAUUUCUUUUCAUAUAUUAGUUUUGAUUUAAAGCUAUUAAUCAUUGUGUUAAGAUAAUCAUACAUGUAAGCGGCAUAAUUCAACUGUCAAAACCUGGCAAGAUUUUUUAAGAUGCUCAUACAACUCAGGUUUUAGGCAGUGAAGUUUUAGUACCUGGGUCUGUAUCCCUUUAAAAAUAUAUAAAUAAGAAUGAAACAGCUCAACACAAAUACCAAAGUGAGAAUACAAUUCUAUUACAGAUUGUUGUGUUUAUCCAUGUUUUGCGUAUCUUAUCCAACCUCUGUUUUUCUUCCUCCUUACUUCUCUCGAGCUGUGUUUUUAAAAUUUUGAUGUGAAUGCAACUUGCAUAUCCUCGAAUACCAUUGCCAGAGCAGCGAUGGGCCUCUUUACCUGUGAGAACUGUAGUUGUCCUCAUUAACCUUUUAUGCACGCUGCAGGCAGCCACCGGCAGCUGCUGCUGUGCGUUCUGCACAUUCAGUGCACAGCAGAGGUGCAUUCGUCUGUUCUAUAUCAAUAGCAGAUCAUGUAAGUGCUUCGUCAGGAUGCUUUGGAAUCUUUUACCCAAGGGCCUUUUGUCAUCUAACAGUCUAUUUAUGAAUGAUUAAAUGGAUGAGCUUGGCCGUUUCCUUAACCUGAAAAUUCUUCCCUUGUGGACCUUUAGUGUCUGGGUUGAACCUUAUUACCACAUGAUGGGGGAAUCAAUUAAUCAUUUCGGAGCAAACAUCCAGAAUUGCAACAUUGCUUUGUUUCACUAAAACAACCCCGCCUCUUCAAAUAUAUGCAAUCAGUGAUUUGUUAAAUAUAUUUAAUGUGAAACGUUAAUGCUCUUUGAUAAAUUUGUUCCAGAUGUUAACUUCUGCUUAACCCUGGACUCACAUUUAUUAUCAGUUUUCUCUCUCAUAACCAAUCGACUGUUCCUCCACCCCCUCUGUGUUAGCUGCACCCUCUCUCGUUCCUUUUUUCACUAGAGCCCAAUUACACUGUAUGUUUCACAUGUGCUGUAACUGGCCUCUCUGUGGAACUGUGAAUGCUGGCCAGCAACAUGAAAAAAUAUUCUAUUAAUACAGGCAAGCAAACUGAUGAGGGCAAGAGUCUGACUAGUUAGAUGACUUUACACUGUAGGAGGCAGCACAAGCACUGCUAGGAGACAAGCAGCAGUUGCUUAGCAAAGAGACGGAGUGAGUGUAUAUCCAGGGAGCAGAAAGGGAGGGAACUGUACACCAGGAAAGCAGAGGGAAUAGAGAGCAGUGGAGAGAAAAAAAAAGGAGCAUCUCGUAUGUUGAGCUAAAACCGGUGGAUCAAAUCAGCUGACUGCUCUGUGUUUUGAACAGGUUGAUGUUAAGGGAAAAGGAGAGAGGAUAGAGCAGUGGGAGGGGGGCUGUACCAUCACAGCUGAAUGUGUAAUCAGCAGCUGCUGCUUCUGUCAUGUGAGCAAUAGCAAAGGGAGGGAGAGAGAGAGAGGGAGGGAGAGGGAGAGAGAGAGAGAAAUAGACUGGAGGCACCUUGUUCAGUUAGCGUAAUAUUCUGGCUGAAGAUGGAUACAAUCAUGGAGACCUAACAGCAGCUGAAGAGGCAGGCUCCUGCUCCUGCUACCUCACCAGGACAGACUGGCACGGGCAGGUUGUAACGUGGCAACCCUGCUUCAUCACUGCUCCUUCAUCCCUGUAAUGCUGCUGCAGCUCUAGUAUAUUUUUAGCAUGUCAAGCCCAGGCAUUACCGUGGCUGUUUUUGACAAUGUGUGCAUUUUUCUCUGCUGGCAUCCUUUUCUCUCCCACCCUCUCCCUCUUGAUUUCUUAACACCUUGAUUUUCCCAUGCUGUAACGGCAGCCUUUUUCUCUGGGAACUACUAAUCUGGUAAGCAAACAGCUGGCUGUGUUGCCAUUUGACGUUGACAUGUUGUGCUCGUCAUCUCUUUUUGGCAUGUGUCAUGCAUGUAAGCGGCGUCACCACAGGAUGUCUUCAAAUAUAAUUGACAUAAUUGUUAUUAAUUGUUUGAACGCUACACGGUCAGCUCUGUGUAGGUAAUUCAGAUGUGUAGACUGUAGAAAUGGCCGAUGGACUGUUCCUGCAGUACCUGUUAGAAUGAGCGCUAGGAUCUGGCAUCCAGCUGGCAUUUAGUAAAGCCUCGCCCCUUCUUCAUCCUCUGUGCCAGAUGUCAUUAGCUUGAUAAAGGCCAGUGACCUCUGAACUCUCCUGCACACUCAUGCUUACAAAGGGUGGAGCUGCGCCUGGCACUGAUUUAUGUAAGUUUGUAUUUUGACACCAGGUAGCAGGAUCAAAGUCCUUGUGUCUUUACUACAUGUGUAGUGUGUGAACACAGUAUGAGCAGUAUACUAUAAGGGAAACAGAUAUAUAUAUAUAUUUUUUUUUUUUUGAGGAGUGAAAGCCUGAGAUGAACUCUUAAUUUUGAUUUGUGAUUACAAAAAGUAUAUUUUGAGAUAUACAGCAAAACCUUGGACAGUAAUCAGGUUGGCUAAACACAGUUCUUCUCUAUUAAGGAUGGGCAGCCAGCCAUUUGCCUGAGAUUACAGCCUUGCUUGUCUUAGGUGGAACAUUCAUUAAGACACUGGCUACCUGUUGAGGUCUAUGUAAAUUCACUGUGCAUGUCAUCUUGUUUUCUUUUAAUAUCUAGUUUUGGCUUCAGGGAAUGCAUGUAUUGAUUAUUUCCCAAUCUGUUCUUAAAUGUCAAGAGAGAGAGGCUAGCUGUUGAGUCCUUUAAAAUCAGUGCUCUUUGGUUGCCACAAACCAUUGUUGUCAAGACAACAGUGUUGGGAUUAAUGUUAAGACGCUGAACUAUAUGAAUUUAUUAGAUAAAUAAUGACGUUUCUGUCAAAGUCAAAUGUAUCUACACUUGGCUUGUGUAGUGUAGUAGGAUCAUCCGUCAUGAAACAGUGAACAUUACCAUGGGAACUCUAAAUAAGGAGCAGAUGAAGACCACUGACACCCCUGAACUGCCAACGCCUCCACUCACUCGUACUGCAACAUGCACUGCCCACACACAUGCAUCCCGCAGCAUUUGUAAUACCACGCUUGACUUCUCUGGAAGUAUUUAGUAGCACUCCGUUGAAUAUUACACACACUCGCCAAUGCAGCUUGUACUACAUCCAUUGUAACACUGCUUUGUCGCUCUGUUUCCAGGCCUACUCCCAGGAUGCCUACCUCCGGGGCAAGAGCAGCUACAGCGGAAAUGCGUGUCACAUUCCUGAGCCUCCCCCAGUAUGCUACCCCAGAGUAGACUGUAAGCCUCCGGGCAUGGCCCAGGCGACAGACUCAGCCGAGCAGGUCUGCCGAGGGCCAGCAGCACCUCCUGACCAUGGGUACCGCAAAGAGAUCACCGUGCCUCCAUCUCCUCCUCCCCCUCAGCCAUAUCCAAAAAGCCAGAUGGCAGUGUGCAUGCGCAACGACGGCGUGAGGACUGUGGUGGUUCCUCCUGACGCCACCCAUAUGGGACGCAUAGGUCCGGCACAUAGGAUGGAUUACGUGGAUCCCGUCUUUCUUAGGGGGAGGCCAGGGUCAUUGGCUCAGUAUCCUCAUCCUCGGAAGGCUGACGUCUACCCAAGUGGACCAGGAAUGCUUCCAUAUGGCGGCCAGGCCCCUCAUUACCCGGCCAAUCAUCAAAACAUUGAUUGGCGCACUUACCAGACGUACAGAGAGUACAUUGACAAUAAAGGAAUUCAUUCCCACGGCAGUCGGACUAUCCAGGAAAGGCUGGACAAUUUGCGAACUAGCCAGCCCGCAUUCGGCCCACCCCAUCACAUACCCCGGGGAGACUGGAUCCCUAAGGGGAUGCGACGCAGGAGUACCUCCCACGAACGAUCAUACCAAGGACCCCCACCCCACUUUCAGGUUGCCCCACGCAGUGCUUCACAGGAUCGCCUGAGCAGCGCGGAGAGAAUCAGCCAAGCCCGGAACUGGCCUCCACGGAGCAUGUCCCAAGAUGGCCUCAUGCACAAAGCCCGGACACCUUCCACAGACUACGUUGACCCGGCAGAGCUGGCUCGGCCCAUUGAUAGAAGAGCUGGAUACGGUCGGGGAGACCAAGGUACGAGGCCCAGCAGGCAGUCCAUGCCGAGGCACGCCAUGCUCUACAGACCUACUAUUGGAUACAGUGGCGGUAUGAGGGGGCCACCCAACCCUCCUCUUUACUCUAAAGGACCAGAUUCUCUUCAGACUCGCUCCUCGCCCAUGCUUUCAGAGAGACUCGCACAUUUUGGAAAGAGUGCAAGCACCGAACAUUCUCUUGUUGACCAAAGAGUUGCAGCGAAAGGAAACUAUGUAGCCCGCGCUACCCAACAAGGCCAGAACAGGAUGCGGGCCGAAUCCAUGCAGCCUGUUGAAGCAAGCAGAGACCCAGCUUUGGUAGGACAAAGGUCCUCUUCAUGCUCCACCCCGAAACAGAUGCUUCAGAGGCCUAGCAUCCUCAAGCCACCUCACCCAGACUCUCAGAGUCAGGUCAACGGGCGAAGUCCCACAGAGACUGGUGUUGUUCUGAGGGAGAAGCCUCCCUCUGGAAAGAACCCUAGCCCCCUUCGGCAACCCUCAUACAUUCUGGCUGUAAAUGAUGAUGGAGCAGAUUCCUCCACAGAUGUAGUGGCGUGCUGGCUCCCCAAUGAUGCACGUCGAGAGAUUCACAUUCGCCGCCUUGGGGAACAACGUCACACCUCCUGCUCCAGCAACCUGGACGAGUCUCUGGACUUAAUUCCAUUCAUCGGUAAGAGAAUUAUCAGUUGUAAGCCUUGCCCUCUUAGGUUGUCAUGGCAAUGACAGCAGGCAGUAGUAAAAUGAGGCAGUGCUGUAAGUGAAUCUAAAUAAGGCGUCUCUGUCAGAGAUGCUGAUAGAAGUAAGUGCAGAAUUGAAAAAUAGUCGAGCCUGUUGACCUCUAGUUAAAUUUGUAUCUGAUUCAACAUUUGUGUGUUUGUGAGUGUGUGCGUGAGUUUGUGUGCCCGCACUAGACGAAAAAUAAAUUAAUCUCCCAGUGGAGAUGUUAAUAAUCAGGUUUUGUGGCAUUCAGAGAGGUUUUGUGGAAUAUUCAGCUUAACUGGGGCAGUGUGAGGGAGCGCUUAAGCCUCUUGGAAUAUAUUGAUUUUCUCCCUUUAAUACUCUGUUUUCCUUCAGUGGUUUCUCUACAGGAUGGAUUGUGUUAUGCUUCAGUCGUCCCAUAAUAUAUUUCACGGUGACUGAAGAGCUUCAUCUUAAAAGCAGCUGUCUCAUAGUCACUGCUUGUUGUUACAGGUGUUAUCAGCGCUUCAAAAGACUUUUAAACUCUGUCAACAGUUUGUGUUUUUUUUUAUAGCUGCUGCUCUGCUUUGUGUCAUGUCCUCCACAGUUGUAGAGCUGGUCUAAAAUUUAAGAGUUCUGUCCGUUGAGUCUUGUCAGAGUGGAAUUCUUGUAGGAUGCUCAGCAGCUAAAAGAUACUCAUAAUUAACGGGAGCUCUCAUGUAGAAGUGUGUUGAUGAAAUCACGCCUACUGUGUUAAAGCGCCGCAGGCAAGAUGGGUUAUGCAGAUGGAGGAACUUCUAGGUUUCUUAAAUAUUUUUCAAAAAGCAACUGAGAUGGAAAAAAGUGUUGAAUAUUUUAUGCUCAGUUAUCUUACUGUAUUUGCUGCUGUCUCUUUUCCUCCUCUCUUUUUCCACCCGUCUCGACACGUAUGUAUUAUGUAUGUUUGGUGUGUUCGUCCCUUCUGUCUAUCUACCAGCCUGUCUGUGUUACAACGUAAGUAGUAAACAGAGAAGUAAAGCCCAUGAGAGAAGAUUUUCAGUUCUUAACAGUUUAAUUUUUUUGCAGUAUUUAUAAAGGUCUUGGCUCAGCUUUUACGAUAGACGAAGCAGCUUCCUCAAAGAAAAGUUCCAUCUCUUAUUCCUGAUAUGAAUUCGGGCUGGUUUGCUUACAAAUUCAAAGACCCAGUUAUGUUAUUGUUUUACUUAACUUUAAUGUCUCAGGGGGUUGCUUGUCUGUGGUUUUCGAGGACCUAAAGGAAACAUUUUGUACUUUGCAGGUAGACUCUAUGAAAAAAAAAAAAAAAACUAGGUCAUAGGCGACAACAACACUAGAAGUUUAACUUUGGCCCCUGGGAGCGAAGUUAGUUCCUGAAAGAAAAUGAUGACUUUUCAAGUAGUCUAAGGAGGUUAAAGUGAGUGAAAUGAACCAGUUAAUUUUAUGGUCAGACUUUAAGGUAUACAAGAUAAAAGUAGAGAAUAAAAAGUUAAUGACGUUGAAUCUCUUGAAAAAGACAGUUGUGAGCUGGGUGUACAUGGUGCUGGUGGUCUUGUGUCUUAGCAGUGUUUUGGCCAUUCUUUUGGUGGUCCACAUAAUAUUGGUUGUUAAGGCUGCCCGGCAGGCCAGGUGCAAACAAAGCAGGCAGUGACAGUGAUGAUGCCGCAAUACCACCAUUCUGGGCCUGGUGCCCUGACCCAGGAAAACAGUGCCCUGAUUGUGUUAGCUGUUGGACCUCCAUCAAUAGCCCGUUUGAAAGCCCAAUGGUCCAGUUGUUGGUGUUGCCCAGUCCAUCUUUUAAUUCAGCCAAUCUACAGGCGGAUCAUAUAUCCUUUAUCUGCUUUAGAUGUCAAUGGCCUAACCUUUAGAUCUAGUUUGUAGUGUGUCCAGAAUUUAACUCUUGUUAUUCUGAGUGAAGCUUUUCAAUCUCUCUGGUCUGUGAUCAAAAUGUGAGUCUCUUAUUUAUGGUCAGAGUGAUCAUAAAGGAUGUUUUUUCUUUUUUUGCAAAAGACUGAAGAGCGAACAUGUCCUGACAGCUCUGUGGUGUUAAUAAUGAACAGUUUAGACCUAAGGCAGAAUCCCUCUGGUGUUUUUUUUGAAGAAAGCUGGUAUAUCAGCUGUUAGGAGUGUUAAAUCAGCAGCAAAGGAAAACAGGGUUGUCCUGUUUCUUUUGACUUGGAUUUCUCUGUGUGCCUCCCAAUGCAAAUUUUUUCGAGUGGAGUUUCCCUUUGGUUCGUUAUGGGCCUAGUUUGGAGAAUUGUUAAAAGUUCUUUGUCAUCUUCUACUAGGAGCGUAGAUAAAGACCUGAUGGCUGUUUCAAUAAAAUGUAGUUUCUCAAUGACGGGCAGAAGUCUGACGAGGUCACCUAUCAGGUCUAGUUGUAGAGGUGGUGAUAUAUUUUCCCUUUGCCCAGUUUCAAAGUUGGGUACAGGCUGGAACUAGGACAGUUUCUUUUAAAUUUAGCUCCAAAAGCCCCUCGGCUGCAGAGAGCAGCUUUGUACUGUGAGCUGUUUCAGGCUUCAAGUGCCAGGAGUGGGAGGUACACGAGAGUCAAGAACUUCCUUCUUGCUUAAAAAAUGUGUUAGCGAAAAAAAAAGAUCUCUGCCAACUUUCAUCUGUUGCCAGAGAUCUGUUAACCAAAAAUUCCAUCAUCAUAAUAAUCUUUUGCGCAUAUAAAAUAAGAUUAAUUUAACAUAAACUGUUGCUAAUUAAUGUUUAAUUAUAAUUACAGAUGAGCCAACCAGCCCCAGCGUGGACCGGGAUGCUGCCCCCAUACCUCCUUCCGCUGUCAUAUCUGUUGCACCAUCAAUAACCACAGGUCCCUCCAGCCCAGGCUCCCCUUGCCCCCCUAUUCGACGUCAGCUGUCACAUGACCAAGGUAAAUCAUUUGAGUGUACUUUUUUUUUAUACAGGUGAAUCAACUAAACCACUUAACACUUGAUAACAUUAUUCCAUCUUUUUUUUCUGCCCUACUCAGAGUCUCUGAGAAGUGCUUUGCUAGAGUCAGAAACCGGCAGCAAAACAGAGCGCUCCAAAUCCUACGAUGAAGGCCUGGAUAACUACCAGGAAGAGAGCAGAGGGUGAGUGCAGAACAGGAUCAUAUCAUUGCUGAAAUCUCAUGAUUUUGUGUCCGACUUUAAAUGUCUUUUUUUUUUUUUUUACUCCCUGUCUUUAGACGAUCUUCCAGUAAGCACAUGCCCAGUCUCAGAGGCCUUAGAAAGGUGAGCAAAUACACAAUUAACCACCACAAAGUAGACUUUCUGACGUCUGAACAGAGUUAUUUUGACAUUUAUCCAACUCAAACUGGUGUCAAAAUCUAUCCACAGUGAUUAGAUAAACUAAAAACACUGUGAGAAAAGCCACAUGUAAGCCCAAUUGAAUUUAAGCACAAUAUGAGGGCUGAAACACCCUGAGCAGAUGACACAUACGAAUCAUACAUUCUCUCCCUGACUCCUGUUAUCUCUAUAAUGUCAGUAAACUACACCUGUUAGAAAUCUCUUGUAUUCACACUUGCAGGCUCUGGACGGUCACAAAUCUUCAGCAGAUUCUGGAUCUAGAAGAGAUUCAUCGUCGGAUAUCUUUGCCAGUUCUUCCAAAGAAGGGUUGCUGAAUUUUAGGCAGCUGAGUACAGAUAAAAACAAGGUAUGCCUGUACACUUGUGCUUUUUUUUAACACCUAUAAACUCUAUUUCAUGAAUGCUCUGAUUUCUAAUACUGUAUAUCUCUCUCUGUGUCUGUAGCGUGUUGGUGGAGGAAUGAGGUCAUGGAAGCAGAUGUACGCAGUGUUACAAGGUCACAUCCUCACCCUCUACAAAGACAGGAAGGACGCGGCGUAUCACGCAUCCACGCCGUCUGAUGAGGACCCUCCGCAGAUCAGCAUCAAGGCCUGCCUGAUUGACAUCUCCUACAGCGACACGAGACGCAAGAAUGUACUCCGACUCACCACCUCAGACUGCGAGUAUUUGUUCCAGGCGGACGGGAGGGAUGAAAUGCUGUCAUGGAUCCGAGUGAUUCAGGAAAACAGUAACCCAGAUGAAGAGGUAAGCUCCAGCAGGGCUUGUGCUGCCAAGUCAAAGAGUAUAACCUUGUUAUAGCCGCAGUGAUGGAGGUCUGGAGAUAUUCAAACACAUCUUUUAGAAGCAUGGGGGCAUGAUCGUGUAUAAUGAGAAUAAGGGCAGAGCAGAUUCUAGAUUGUUCAUCCGACAACAUUUACAACGUACAAAUUCAAGAUGACUCAGGAGUAUUUUUGCAGUUUUUAAUAACCAACAGACCUGAAACACAUGUUCAAUAAUUCAACGACCAUUAAUGUUGACAUUUUCCAACAGGAUGCGGCUGUAAUAAGUCAGGACCUGAUCAGUCGAAAGAUCAAGGAAUACAACAUGAUGAGGUACGCGGGACUCCACAAUGCCCUUAACCAUGUCCUCUACUCGGAUGGAUUUUGUGCCAGGAUAUUUUCGUUAAUGAGAAUGUGAACUUUUUUUUUGUUCUUGUCUAAAUUAGUGCACCCAGCAGCAGGUCAGAACCCUCUCCCAAAACCUCCCGCCAAUCCCUCAGCAUCAAACAAGCUUUCCUGGGAGGUAAAACAGACAGCAAGAGCCACAGCCCUCAUUCGCCCAAAACAGGAGAGGAGCGGCGGGCGCUGAGAGGUACUAAGACAGCAGCUUCUUUGAGUCGUGCUCAGCUCGCAAGGUGUUCCUGUGUCCAGAUUGCUUAUUUAUGUUUUUGUAUUUUGGUCUUUUCUCCUGCAGAUGACUCCAGUCCACCUCGAGACAGAGCCGCUUGGAAAAUUGGCAUCGCAGGGAUCAUGAGGAAGCCCUUUGAGAAGAAGACUCCAGCUGGGGUUACUUUUGGGGUGCGGCUGGACGACUGUCCACCUGCCCAAACCAACAGGGUGAGACAAAUAUAUUGAUAUCUAUUUAAGGGUAUAGAAAAGGCUGGGUUAUUGAGCAUUCAGAUCAUGUGAGUAGCAAAUUUCUCCCAUGUUUACAAAAUAAUGACUGUCUAUACACAACACCCAACCACCUCCAUGUGUAGUAUUUCUCAAAACAGUCUUUAGAUUUACGUCAAAUGCGUGACAAAUAAGUGAUUUGUUGUGUCAAAUUUCUUCCUUCUGUGCAGUUCGUUCCUCUGAUCGUGGAGGUGUGCUGCAAGGUAGUGGAGGAGAGAGGCUUGGAGUACACAGGAAUCUACAGGGUCCCUGGCAACAACGCUGCCAUCUCCAGCAUGCAGGAGGAGCUCAACAGCAAAGGCAUGACUGACAUCGACAUCCAGGAGGAUGUGAGUGACUGACAGCCGGGCUACACCGGCAACACUUUACCGCUUCCUGACAGCAUCUCCUCGCUGUGGUGAUAGAGUUGUACUGAAGGGAACUGCUUCUUGAUAAUCCUCUUGUUUCCACUUCCCUCUGCAGAAAUGGCGGGACCUCAACGUCAUCAGUAGUUUACUGAAGUCCUUUUUCCGAAAACUUCCAGAACCUCUGUUUACAAACGGUACGAUCUAAUGAAUGCAGCAGACUGUCAUGAUGAAGAAAAACCGGACUCUCUGUCGGGUUCUUUCAUUUGCAGCGCGCAGUAAAAGUCUCUGUGCUCUAUUCACAGAAAAGUAUGCUGAGUUUAUUGAAGCCAACAGAACAGAAGACUCAGUGGGGAGAUUAAAGGAGCUCAAAAGGCUGGUGAGUACAAAUCUAAGUGGGACAGAAUUUAAUUAAACCGUAUUACACGAUUCCAAUCUAAUAAACCUGAAACUUUUUUUUCCCUCUUCUGUAAAUUCUCGCAGAUCCACGAAUUACCCGAUCAUCAUUUCGAAACUCUGAAAUUCCUUUGCGCCCACCUGAAGCGGGUGUCCGAGAACUGUGAAAAGAACAAGGUACGACAGCUGACAGGAUGCGUUAGUCUAAUUGUCAGAAGUCUUUGUCAGCCCCCGUCCGCUCCUUCUUAAAAUCACGUGGUGUACUUACCUCAUCUGUGCAGAUGGAGCCCCGUAAUCUGGCGAUAGUGUUCGGUCCCACGCUGGUCAGAACCUCCGAGGACAACAUGGCUAACAUGGUCAAUCACAUGCCAGACCAGUGCAAGAUCGUGGAGAACCUCAUCCAGCAGUAUGACUGGUUCUUCACUGAUGAGUGUGACGAGGAUCCUGUUGUAUGUUUGAAUUCCUCUUUUUUCAUUUUAAUUGUAUUCAGUUUGGUUUCUAAAUGUGAGUUUAAAGCUGCUCUAAAGUGUAUUCUCAUAUGUGCAUUGGCUCUAAAGACUGGACUCAGCAGAGAUGGUGAAACCUUUUAAAUUACUCAGUCUUUCAGUCAUUUUGGUUUCACUGCUUGCUUAAGUAUUAUUUAACGUUUACCUUUUUCGUCCUUUUCUUGUGUUGUGUCGAGUAAUUUAUCCUCUCUGUUCUUUUCUAUUCUCGUCCACAUUGUGUUAUUCCCCGCAGACCACAGCCGAGCAGGAGAGCACAGUGCAGUCUCAGCCUGUGCCCAAUAUCGACCACCUGCUCUGCAACAUCGGACGAACUGCAGCCUCACCGGGAGAAGUCUCAGGUAAAUCUGGGAAUGUUUCCCUUUAGGAUCAGCACCCAUGCAUCCCCACAUCAACUAUGAUAACGUGGCAGAAAUAGUAUUUUUUAUAUUUCUUCAAAUGAAUGAAUAUGUUGCACUGUGUCAAUUUGAAAUGCUGAAACAAAGAUGCCUUUCCCCAUGAUUUGAAAUGCUUUUGGCAAAACGAACCAAAUUUUUCUUUGUCUUUCUGUCAGGCAAGCCUUUUUCAGUCGUUUUUCCAACGAGCCUUUUUCACUCGAAAUGGGAAAACUCUUGAAAAACUUUUGCACUUUGUCAACUUUUUAUUAUCAGUUUGUUUUUUGAUCAAAGUCUGUUUUGUUUCUAUGUCGGAGUUUUUUGCCCAAACAUAAAAUUGUCCACAAGUUUUUUUUAUUUUAUUUUAUUUUUCGUUCAUUUGUUUGCUUUACUCUUGAUUUCCUCUUGCUCAAGUCAUUUUUUCUCCCUGUGCUUUACCUGUGUUGAGACGACGACUCCUUUUCUUUCAGUUCUUUUCUUCCCCUCCUCCUCGUCUCUCACAUAAUCCCGGCAUGUUCUUUCCCAAAGAAAAUCAAGCGAAACAAAAAAACGAAACAAUGGAAGUUUUAACCCUUCUGACCUCUGCCCUUCUGUGUGUAGUGUGUUGUUUUUCUCCCUUAUCCCUGUCCAGCACUCACACAUUACCCAAUCUUGACACAGGCCAAGUGGGCGGCGUCUAUCACUCGAUGAUGUCACUGAUGGACUCUGUUUUGUCAGUGAUGGACAGCUGGGACUGUAGGAAGAAGGACGAGUGUUGUGCCCAGUGUAGCUGCCUAGUCUGCAGAAACCCGCAGCUCUUUUAAAUUUGGGCGAAAAGGAGGAAAAAAGAUAAAAAAGAAAGAAAGAGAAGUCGAUGUUUGUCAUUUUUCCUGUGGUGUGCACGUCUCAUAUUUAAAUUAAUACCCUAAAAUUGAGGGGAUACAGAGCGAUGCUGCUGUACUUUGUCUGAAAGCCCUUCUGCUGUCUCUUGUUGUCUCUAAAGCUGAUCGCAAGGACAAGUAGCAUGGUACGGUCAACCUCAGGUUCUCUCCCGGUCAUGUGGCAUACUCUGUCAUGAUGUCUGAGGGUGGGCUCGUAGUGGCGGGACUGAGCUGGAUGUUCCCCAGCGCACAAACUCAAAUCAAAAAAAAACCCCACACAUACAACCACGUGCCAGACCCCGAUAAAUCCCCCAGUGAGUUGUUGACGCAGAGGCACACAAAUAGCAGUUGGAAGCACGGAGAUGUAGUGGUAUUCGCAGAGACACGAAGCUUCCUUUUUUCAGAUUCAGGUGCCUCCUCUUGUGUCUUUCUGUUUGAGUUCCUGUCCUCGAUGUCUUUUUAUGAGAAUCUUUGUCCACAUUUAACGUGAAAAACAUCACAUUCUCAACAACAGACAAAGACCGCUACGGACAUCCUCAUCUCCUACUGUUACAUAACACAUCAGUCACUUACAUGUCCCUCUCAGUGUCCCUCUACUACACACACACACACAAUUUGGGCCUAAUUUAGACUGUUAAAUAGCCUGUUUGAACCACAAGAUCCAUAUCAGAGGACUGGGAACUAUUUCAGGAACUCUGGACUUUGACUUGACCAGAUAUUUAUGCCGAUAAAACAACUAUCUGAAUAUAAGCAGUGUAAAGAUGAGGACUAAUUCUAAUUUUAUCUAACGGCACGUCGUCCUCUUUCUGGCAAGUCUGAGUGCGUCACCAUGUUGGCGUUUUAAAGAAGAAAAUGAAAUGAUGUAACUCAACAGCAGGUGGUCUACCUCAAAAACAGGUUCUCUGUAGUUUUCAGGGGUCUGUUAUUCAUUCGCAGAGGAAACCAAAAAAAUCAAAAUAUGAUUGGAUUGAAUUGAAUUGAAACAACUCUGUUAACGUGCCAAUCAUUGAAAGAUACCUGAAGUUCCUGGAUUUAGUUCUUCUGACUCCAUGGUUCCUGUACUGAUGUGGUCGGGCUAUUUCUCCGCCAGUUACCGUCUUCUUCUUUUUUUGCAAAUCGAGACCAGCAAGUUUUGUGAACUCCUUGUUUUGCCUUUUUUGUUGUUGAGAAUGACAGGGCACAAGAUAAAGGAGUUAAUCUAGCUUUGAGUAAGAGAGCAAUCUUCCCUCAUGCUAAGUCUCGCCUGCGCCAGCUCUACUGACCACCACAAAAAAACACUCACUGAUCCUGUUCAGCUCAGACCCCCUUUUAAGUCACUUUUAGUCAGCGCAGAAUCGUCACUCCCUCUCCUCUGUCAUGUCUUUGAGUUGGGAAAGAAUGCCUACGGCUGGUUGGUGGCUACAUGUGAUGCUCUGUGACUGACGUGUUUGUCCGUGAUGUGCCGUCGUUCCAUCGAAACAUCGAGCAUGAGCUGCUUUCUGUGUCUUGGUUUACUGCCGGGUUUCACUUCCUUUUUCUUCCCAUCUUCCAUCUCAGGCCUCCUCUGACGCUUUCCACACUUUCCAUCCACGGCUCCGUGUGGUUCCUCGUCCUGCUGUCUGUCUGUCUGUCGGUCUCUCCGAGCAGAAAAAUGUCGUCUGCUUUCAUUCAGCUGCUCUCAUUAUAUCCAUCAUGUCUACCAGUUUCACUCUGGACAUUAAAACCUGUUUAUUUUUUUUCUUUCCUUAUCUUGUUGACUGUUUUUGACGUGUCCGAGCUGUAAGACUUUACCUGAUAACACUCCUCUCUUUCUUUCAGAUUCAGCAUGUAGUGACUCCUCCAAAUCAAAGGUAAUGCCUUCAUCUGAUGUCUUCUUCUCUCGUCCUUUUGUCUCUGCUGGUUUCGUAUUCUCAAGUUUCGUUUCUUGUUUUUCAGCAGAGCUUGUGGGGGUCAGGGAAGGAUCAGUGUAGCAAAGAGAUGCUGCGCUCCUCCUUCUUCGCCAGCCGCAAGCGCAAGAAGCCCAAGGACAAAGCGCAGCUCAGCAGUUCAGACGACGACCUGGACUCUGUGUUCCUCAAAAAGGAGCUCCCAGAGGAGAGCCAGCAGCAGCCUCUGUGGUCCCCGGACAGCCGGACCGAGGAGGAGGAGGAGGAGGAGGGAGAGACAGAUGAAGCGAGCGAGAAAGAGAAGCACAGGAACAGCUCUGAAGAACAGCUGGACGCACCCAGCAGGAUGGAGUCUCUCUCCAGCAGCCUGAUGUCACAGCCCUCCCCCUCCCUGCCUCCAGAGCGCAUGUCCUCCGCCCUUCAGCCCGGCUCCCCCUACGCCUCGCCCCCUCACUCCCCAAACCUCGGCUACCGUAUGCCAAUGGCUCACCAGUCCUCCCUGUCAGACCCGCCUUCAAACUACGACGACACCGUGUCCGACCUCGGUACGAUGAACAGCACCAGCUCUCAGGCCUCUGUUCCCAGGAUGAGGAGAGGCAGGGCGGCGGCUGUCGGCCCAGAAGCAGGUCCCAGCGGGCUGGGAGCCGAGGUUUGCUCCAUCACCUCCGACUACUCCACCACCUCCUCCAUGACGUUCCUCACCGGAGCGGAGCUCAGCACCCUCAGCCCUGAAGUGCAGUCUGUGGCGGAGAGCAGAGGAGGAGACGACGCCGACGACGAGAGGAGCGAGCUGAUCAGCGAGGGGAGGCCCAUGGAGACAGACAGCGAGAGUGAUCUGUCUGUGUUUGCAGUCGGGAAAAACGAGCCGAGAGAUCUGCAGGAAGCCCCCCGGCCCCUCCCCUCUCACAGGCUCAUCGAGUGUGACACGCUCUCCAGAAAAAAAGCAGCUCAGCAGAAAACCAACAGCGAGUCUUCGCUGGAAGGAGCUUGGAGCGACAAAGAUUCCAACAGACUGUCACGAGUGUUCGGCUCGGUGAAAGGUCGGUCCACAGGCAGCCUCAGCUCCUCAUCGCGCGGCGACUUGGACAAAGCAGAACCUGCGUGGAAGCUGAAGAUCACCGACCGGCUGAAGGUACGUCUCCGUACGUCUGUGGAUGACAUGUUUGGAGUGGGCAGCCAGAGGAGCCGGUCCCCAGACGGCCGCAGCAAGAAGAAGAACAUCCGACGCAGACACACCAUGGGCGGUCAGAGGGACUUCGCCGAGCUGUCCGUCCUGGGAGACUGGCCGCAGCACGUCGGCAUCGGCUCGCGCUCUGAGCUCUCGGCUGUGGACCAGCUGAAGCCGAAGUGCAGCUCUCAAGACUUCUCCAUCGGGGACUGGAUCGCCCGCGAGCGCCACCGCACCAGCAACCCGGAGGUCAGCCAGGACCUCUCCGAGCAGCAGGGGGCGCUGUGCAGAGCAAACUCCCAGAGUCUCGGCGCCUCGUCCUCCUCUGAACUCUCGCACCGACAGGCCGACGUGCUGAACGGGGACGUCCCGCAGAGCAAGAAUCUGAGCCUCUCUGCCACCGCACACCCACACAAACUCUCCAGUUCCCAGGUGGUCCAUUCGCGCUUCUAUCAGUACCUGUGAGGGGUGUUGGACGUGUGUGUGUGUGUGACUGUGUGUUCUCCAUCUGUGAGAUGUGUACGUACUUGGGAGUCUGUCAGUAUAUGUCUGUCGUGUGACAAGUGUCAGUGAAUGAGCAUGUUGUACAAAUAUCGUCUCGAGUGUGUGUCUGUAACCGGUGCGCGUGAGUGUGUGUGCUUGUUAAAAGAGAAUUACCGCACACAGGGAUCGCUGAUCCUGCUCAUGUAGAAGCAUGGAACAAAACGUUGUUUAUACAUUUUUAUUUUUAUGAUUUUAUUGACAAAAUGACUCUGGGGUGGUUCAGCAGGAGGAGUCCCUCCCUCCUGAUCGUAAUCCCCCGUCGUGCUGAAGACUGAGAGGACCUGCCGCUCACGAAAAGAACGAGCCUGUGAAAGUUUGUACAAGGAGGUGCAAACAAGCGAUACCCGAGUUAAGAUUGUUUCGAGGUUUAGUCAAGUGGCUUUAAGGAUGAACUGACUUGUAGAAAGAACAGGAGAUAUAUAAAAAAGUUGUGAUUUCUAGCAUUGCAGAGGAGCUAUUUUUGUGUCGAGAAAGUUAAGAUGUUCAGAGUCAGCGAGUCUCUCAGUAACCAAAUGAAGAAUGUACAGACAUGCUUGCUGUAAUACUGACUAAAAGCUUUAGAUGCUUGUGUUUCAUUCUAAAGUGUACAUAUCCCUAUUUUUCUGUGUACUACUUGAAAAGUGUUUUUGGUACAGCCUGUGUGUGGACUGCCUAUGAGCUCUCUGCUGUCAAAGGGGCCUUUCCAAAGGUACAGAUGUGAAGAGGUGACACUGGACUUAUGCAAAAUGGAAAGAGUUCUUAUUCAUCCCGGUCAUGUGGUUUUUAAGAGCAGUGAACAACAUCCCUCUGUUGCAAAUGUGAUGCUGUUUUAAGUGUUUGUGGUUCAAACAUUGUACUAAUGCAGCGAGGAAGAAAAGCUGGAAGAUUAAAAAAAAAAAUAUGGGUAUUCAAUCAGAAAAAUCAUGUUUCUUGAAAUAGGAAGUGCCUCACAAUGAAAUGUUAUGGGUGCCAUACUGUCUUUGUCUUUGAGACACACCAAGAUGUUACUGUGAAUGACAUUUUUAUUGUUGACUCUCAGUCAUUCUACAGGUUAAUGUAACAAAAUGCCGAGCUUCCAAUCCUUAGGCAUUCCACUCUGGUCUUAACAUGUUUUUUACAUUUUUUCUCUUUUUUUUUUUUUAUUUUAACAGAACUUGAAUUUUAAAUAUUCCUUGUAAAAUACAUAACUUAAGUGUACAUAUUAAUGCCAUGUUUUAGCUGCUUUACUUUUCAUUUCCAUCAGAUUACAGGAUUGCGUACAGUAUUGUGUGAUGAUGACGAUGAUGAUGUUGAUGCUCAUGAGGCCUGUGUGGGUUUUGUGGGCUGUUAGGUACUUCUCAGUGAAAGGGGGGGAUCCCUGCAAAAGGAAACACUUGGUUGAGCUGGAUUGUUUGUACCAAUGCUGUGUUCCUCUGAUUGUUAGAGGGGUGUGAACCGACUCCUGAAACACUGGAAAUAAAAAUUGUCAAUGGCAGA